AUGGGAAUGAUGAGCAAUCCCAACCCUUACGGCCAGCCAUAUAGUCAGAAUACCGGGCAGCAGAUUGGAGCCGGUGGACUUGGGCCUCAGAUGCAGAAUAAAGCUGGACUGCAGAAUAGUUUACCACAGUUUCCAAUGGACUAGAAGUCAGUUCCUGGGGCAGGAAUGCCUAACAUGGGCCAGCAGCAGGCUCCCCAGGUUCAGCAAGCUGGGAUGGGACCAGCAGCUUCUCAAGGAAUGGGGUCUGGAGCACCAACAGCAGAUCCAGAAAAACGCAAACUAAUUCAGCAACAGCUGGUUCUCCUUUUACACGCUCACAAGUGUCAGCGACGAGAACAGGCCAACGGGGAGGUGCGGCAGUGCAACCUCCCUCAUUGCCGAACCAUGAAGAAUGUUCUGAACCACAUGACACAUUGUCAGGCUGGCAAAUCUUGCCAGGUGGCACACUGUGCGUCUUCCCGACAAAUCAUCUCGCACUGGAAGAAUUGUACGAGACAUGACUGUCCUGUAUGUUUGCCUCUCAAAAAUGCUGGGGACAAAAGAAAUCAACAGUCGCUGCUGGGCGGAGCCACAGUAGGACUUGCAAAUACUGGCUCCGUGGGUGUGGGGCAGCAGACAACGCCCAGCAUAAACACUACCAGCCAGAUAGACCCCAGCUCCAUUGAGAGAGCCUACGCAGCCCUUGGACUGACCUAUCAAGGGAACCAGAUGCAGACACAGCCCCAGGCUCAAGUGAAGAAUCAGCAACAAGGCCAGUCACCCCAGGGUCUGCGCCCAAUGAAUCCUAUGAGUGCAAAUCCAAUGGGAGUGAAUGGAGGAGUAGGGGUUCAAACCCCUAAUCUGCUGCCUGACUCAAUGUUACAUUCAACCAUGAAUUCUCAAAACCCCAUGAUGAGUGAAAGCGCCAAUGUUGCCAGUUUGGGAGCCAUGCCAACAGCUCAACCAUCCAGUACUGGAAUUCGAAAGCAGUGGCAUGAAGACAUUACUCAGGAUCUCCGAAACCACCUUGUUCAUAAAUUAGUCCAAGCCAUAUUUCCCACUCCUGACCCUGCAGCACUGAAGGACCGGCGUAUGGAGAAUCUGGUGGCGUACGCUCGGAAAGUGGAAGGGGAUAUGUAUGAAUCGGCAAAUAGCAGGGCAGAGUACUAUCACUUGCUAGCGGAGAAGAUCUAUAAGAUUCAGAAGGAGCUGGAGGAGAAACGAAGAACCAGGCUGCAGAAGCAAAACAUGAUCCCAAAUGCUCCGGGCAUGCCACAGGCUCCCAUGAAUCAAGGGCCUAACAUGGGCCAGCCCCAACCAGGGAUGUCUGCAAAUGGUCCUCUUCCUGACCCAACCCUGAUACGUGCCAAUGUGCCAAACCAGAUGAUGAAUCGCAUGCAGGCACAGCCGGGAAUGAAUCAGUUUGGCCAGAUGAACAUGCAGCUGUCACCGAUGGGACCCCGGCAAGCCCCUCCUCUUCAGCACCCUGGACAGCUAAGCCAGGCUGGGGCCAUGAACCAGAUGGGAUUUCCUUCACGCAUGCAGCAACCAGGAGUUGGACAGCCUUCUGGUCAGAAUCAGUUUCUACAACAGACCCAGUUCCCUGCUUCUUCCACGGGAAUGAACACAGCGAGCAUGCCUAUGACUCAGCCUGGCAAUCAGACACCAAUUUCUCAAGCACAAAUGACCAGUGCUUCCUGUCCUGUGAAUUCUCCUGCAAUGGCUCCAGGUCCUCAAGGGAGCCACAUUCACUGCCCACCUCUUCCACAGCCUCCCAUGCACCGAAAUUCCCCUUCUCCAGUACCUAGCCGAACCCCAACACCUCACCACACACCCCCAGGCUUGGGAUCACAGCAACAGCAGGCAGCAGCAGCUGCCACUACUACACCCACGCCUACUCCUCAGGCAAUGCCACCUGGACCACAGUCACAAACUAUGCACCCUCCUCAAAGGCAGACUCCUACGCCUCCACAAGUCCAGCCUCCGGUUCCAGUUACCCCUUCUGCAGAGCAACAGCAGCAGCCCUUGUCACAGCAGAGCACGACUGCAUCUGUUCCCACGCCAACAGCACCACUGCAGCCUCAGCACCCCACAACACCUCUUUCACAGCCAGCUGUAAGCAUUGAUGGGCAGGUAUCCAACCCCCCAUCCACCAGCAGCACAGAGGUGAACUCUCAGCAGACCGUUCCAGAGCAGCAGCAGCCACCUUUGCAGGAAGUGAAAAUGGAUAUUACAGAGGAAGGGGAACCAGAACAAAUGGAGCUGCAAAUGGAGGAGAAACCUGAGGUUAAAGCAGAACCAGUCGUGGAGGAAUGUAAACCAGAUGCAAUGGAGCAAGAAGAGAAGAAAUCUGAAGUGAAGACUGAAAUACCAGAGGGGGAAGAGAGACCUACUACUCCAGCUACUCAGUCUUCUCCAGCAGCUGGGCAGUCUAAGAAAAAAAUUUUCAAGCCGGAAGAGUUGCGGCAGGCGCUUAUGCCAACGCUGGAGGCACUUUACCGUCAGGAUCCAGAGUCUCUUCCAUUUCGACAGCCUGUGGAUCCCCAACUACUUGGAAUUCCUGAUUAUUUUGACAUAGUGAAGAACCCCAUGGACCUUUCUACUAUCAAGAGGAAGCUAGACACGGGACAGUAUCAGGAGCCGUGGCAAUAUGUAGAUGACAUCUGGCUCAUGUUCAAUAAUGCCUGGCUGUACAACCGCAAAACAUCCCGGGUAUACAAGUACUGUUCCAAACUGGCAGAGGUGUUUGAGCAAGAAAUUGACCCAGUUAUGCAGAGCCUUGGUUAUUGCUGUGGAAGAAAGUUGGAGUUCUCGCCACAGACUUUGUGUUGCUAUGGCAAACAGCUAUGCACAAUCCCUCGAGAUGCCACUUACUACAGUUACCAGAACAGGUAUCAUUUCUGUGAGAAGUGCUUCAACGAAAUCCAAGGGGAGAGCGUUUCUCUGGGAGAUGACCCAUCACAACCUCAAACCACGAUAAACAAAGAACAGUUUUCAAAAAGGAAAAAUGAUACACUGGACCCUGAACUAUUUGUUGAAUGUAUAGAGUGUGGAAGAAAAAUGCACCAGAUCUGUGUUCUUCAUAAUGAGAUAAUCUGGCCUUCUGGCUUUGUCUGUGAUGGCUGCCUAAAGAAAACAGGACGAACCAGGAAAGAGAACAAAUUUUCUGCUAAAAGGUUACCGGCUACGAGACUUGGUACCUUCUUGGAGAACAGAGUCAAUGAUUUCUUAAGACGACAGAAUCACCCUGAGGCAGGAGAGGUUACAAUUAGAGUUGUACAUGCAUCUGACAAAACUGUCGAAGUAAAACCAGGAAUGAAAGCAAGGUUUGUAGACAGCGGAGAGAUGGCCGAGUCUUUCCCUUACCGAACAAAAGCGCUUUUUGCCUUUGAGGAGAUUGACGGUGUAGACUUGUGCUUCUUUGGGAUGCACGUACAGGAGUAUGGCUCAGACUGUCCUCCACCCAAUCAAAGACGAGUGUAUAUAUCUUACCUUGACAGUGUUCAUUUCUUCCGCCCUAAAUGCUUGAGGACUGCUGUCUAUCAUGAAAUACUAAUUGGAUAUCUAGAAUAUGUCAAGAAACUAGGGUAUACUACUGGACAUAUCUGGGCAUGCCCACCUAGUGAAGGAGAUGACUACAUCUUCCAUUGCCAUCCUCCUGACCAAAAGAUACCCAAACCCAAACGACUGCAAGAGUGGUACAAAAAGAUGCUGGACAAAUCUGUGUCGGAGCGCAUUGUGCAUGAUUACAAGGAUAUAUUUAAGCAGGCAACAGAAGAUCGCCUAACAAGUGCAAAAGAGCUACCUUACUUUGAAGGGGAUUUCUGGCCCAACGUUCUGGAGGAGAGCAUUAAGGAACUAGAGCAAGAGGAAGAAGAACGGAAGAGAGAAGAAAACACUAGUAAUGAAAGCAUGGAUGUGAGCAAGGGAGACAGCAAAAAUGCCAAAAAGAAGAACAAUAAGAAGACAAGUAAGAACAAGAGCAGCUUGAGUCGUGGCAAUAAGAAAAAGCCUGGCAUGCCCAAUGUGUCCAAUGACCUCUCCCAAAAGCUGUAUGCCACUAUGGAGAAGCACAAGGAGGUCUUCUUUGUCAUCCGUCUCAUUGCUGGCCCUGCAGCCAACUCCCUGCCCCCCAUCGUUGAGCCUGACCCACUCAUUCCUUGUGACCUGAUGGAUGGGCGAGAUGCUUUCCUAACCCUUGCUAGAGACAAGCACCUGGAGUUCUCCUCACUACGAAGGGCUCAGUGGUCAACCAUGUGCAUGCUGGUGGAGCUGCAUACCCAGAGCCAAGACCGCUUUGUUUACACCUGCAAUGAGUGCAAGCAUCAUGUGGAGACCAGAUGGCACUGCACUGUUUGUGAGGAUUACGACUUGUGCAUCACCUGCUAUAACACUAAAAACCAUGACCACAAGAUGGAAAAAUUAGGCCUUGGUCUCGACGAUGAGAGCAACAACCAGCAGACUGCAACCACCCAGAGCCCCGGUGAUUCCCGCCGCCUGAGCAUUCAGCGCUGCAUCCAGUCUCUGGUCCACGCCUGCCAGUGUCGUAACGCCAACUGCUCACUGCCGUCCUGUCAGAAGAUGAAACGGGUUGUCCAGCACACCAAAGGCUGCAAACGCAAAACCAACGGAGGGUGCCCCAUCUGCAAGCAGCUCAUUGCUCUUUGCUGCUACCACGCAAAGCACUGCCAGGAGAACAAGUGCCCGGUGCCCUUCUGCCUCAACAUCAAACACAAGCUCCGUCAACAGCAACUUCAGCACCGCCUGCAGCAGGCGCAGAUGCUCCGGAGGAGGAUGGCGAGCAUGCAGCGGACCGGUGUGGUAGGCCAGCAGCAAGGAUUGCCCUCACCCACACCAGCCACCCCGACGACUCCAACAGGCCAGCAGCCCCCUACGCCGCAAACCCCGCAGCCCCAGCCUCCGCCCCAGCCUGCCUCGCAGCCUCAGCCUGCACCUCCCAACAGCAUGCCACCCUACACCAUGCCAAGAGCUCAGCCCCCCAGCGCUGUGUCCCAGGGCAAGGCAGGUGGCCAGGUGACUCCUCCAACUCCACCCCAGCCACCUCAACCACCAGUUCAGGGUCCUCCUCCAGCAGCGGUGGAAAUGGCCAUGCAGAUCCAGCGGGCAGCAGAGACCCAGCGUCAGAUGGCGCAGGUUCAGAUCUUCCAAAGGCCGAUUCAGCACCAGAUGCCCCAGAUGCCACCUAUGGGAAUGAACCCUCCACAGAUAGGCAGAGGUCCUGGUGGUCAUAUAGAUCAAGGAAUGGGGCCGGCAGGAAUCCAACAGCAGCCACCAUGGGUGCAGGGGGGCUUACCCCAAGCUCAGCUGCAGCCGGGAAUGCAGAGGCCAUCCAUGAUGUCAGUAGCCCAACCGGGUCAGCCGAUGAAUAUGGCACCCCAGCCUGGGAUGGGUCAGGUCCCUGGCACUGCUCAGCCCAAACAACCACCUCUGCCCCAGGCGGCCUUACAAAACCUACUGCGGACUCUCAGGUCUCCCAGCUCACCCAUGCAGCAGCAGCAGGUGCUUAACAUCCUUCACUCCAAUCCUCAGCUGCUGGCCGCUUUCAUCAAGCAGCGGGCUGCCAAAUAUGCGGGGUCCCAGAACCCCCAGGGGAUGGCAGGUCAGCCUGGCAUCCCCCAGGGUCAGCCGGGGCUCCAGCCACAGCAGGCCAUGCAAGGGCAGCAAGGAGGGGUGCACCCCAACCCAGCCAUGCAGAACAUGAACCCCAUGCAAGCAGGAGUGCAGAGACCCAGCAUGCCCCAGCAGUCAACAGCAGCCGCACCGCAGCAAGCCAUGGCUGGGAUGAAUCCUCAGGCGCAGCAGAUGAAUAUGAAUCACUCGGGGAUGGCUCCCCAGUUCCGAGACCUCCUGAUGAGACGGCACCAGAUGAUGGAGCAGCAGCGCCACCAGCAGCAACAGCAGCAGCAGGGGGCAGGACCAGCACUGGGGCCAGGAAUGGCCAACCACAACCAGUUUCAGCAGCCCCAGGGCGUCGGAUACUCCCAACAGCAGCAGCAGCAGCAACAGCAGCAGCGCAUGCAGCAUCACAUGCAGCAGAUGCAGCAAGGAAACAUAGGACAAAUAAGCCAGCUUCCCCAGGCGAUGAGUGCAGAGACAGGAGCCAGUUUGCAGCAGGCUUUCCAGCAGAGGCUGCUUCAGCAGCAGAUGGGGUCCCCGGCUCAGCCCAAUCCGAUGAGCCCCCAACAGCACAUGCUCCCCAGUCAGGCCCAGUCCCCACACCUACAGGGCCAGCAGCUCCCUUCAUCGCUCACCAAUCAAGUGCGUUCUCCGCAGCCUGUACCCUCGCCACGGCCCCAGUCCCAGCCCCCCCAUUCCAGCCCAUCACCCCGGAUGCAACCUCAGCCUUCUCCACACCACGUCUCCCCGCAGACCAGCUCCCCGCAUCCAGGACUGGUGGCUGCCCAGGCUAACCCCAUGGAUCAGGGGCACUUUGCCAGCCCGGACCAGAGUGCAAUGCUUUCCCAACUUGCCAGCAAUCCCGGCAUGGCAGGCCUCCAUGGUACAAGCGCCACGGAACUGGGGCUCAACUCUGAGAACACGGACUUGAAUUCAAACCUUUCACAGAGUACACUAGACAUACCCUAGACACGUUGGAGCAUUUUGGGAGCAAAAAAAAAAAAAAAAAUUAAAAAUAAAAAAUAAAAGUUAAAAUUAAAAAACUUAUUUUCUCAAGACUUUUUGUACUGAAGAUGAAUUUUUUUGAAUCUUUCUUAGCUAAAACAACAUUUUUCCCUGGAACACAUCUGAACUCUGCAGCGGUAGUUUGUGGUAGCAAACCAACAAUGAACCUGAGGGACAGUAGAGUACAAAGAAUAUAUUUUUGUUAUGGCUGGAAUCAUAACCAGUCCUUUUUUCUUGGUUUUAUUUUUUUCCUUGUGUGUGUUGGGGAGGUCAAGGGAAGAGGGUGGUCUUUUGGCUGUUUACAAAAGGAUGCCCUAUCCAUGCCUCCAAUAGGUUUUGUUCUUGGUUUUGUUUUUUUUUUUAAAUUAAUGAAAAUAUGUAAUAUUGAUAGUUAUUAUUUACUGAGGCAGAUGGUAAA